GAUCCUGGAAGCCGUUAGUGUAGAUUUCUACCAUCAGGUAUAUCAGCCUCCACGCUCUCCCGUGGGGUAGUGCUCAACAACUGCCGCCUUCAACACUGUUUUAACUGCCCUCCCACCUUUCUCGUAAUGGCUCCAUCGGCACUGGCCGACCUUUACCCAAUCCCAGCGAGGCACUACUCAAAGUCCUCGACUGUGGUGGCAAGUGUCCUGCAUGGGCCACGGGAUCUAAGGCUGGAAACUCGAUCACUCCCCGACCCCAGUCCUGGUGAGCUUCAAAUAGCUAUCAAAGCGACUGGUUUGUGCGGCAGCGAUGUAUCGUACUACAACAAAUUCCGCAACGGUGACCUGCAGGCGGUCCAACCACUGAGCCUGGGCCAUGAGUCGGCCGGUGUCGUGGUCGCCGUCGGCCCUGGUGUGCAGGGCUUCUCAGUCGGUGAGCGCGUGGCACUGGAAGUUGGCGUGCCUUGUGACAACUGCCGAUCAUGUCAGAGAGGACGAUACAAUCUAUGUCCGUCAAUGCGCUUCCGAAGCAGCGCUAAGUCAGUACCUCACUUCCAGGGUACGCUCCAGGAACGACUAAACCACCCGGCAAAGUGGUGCCACAAACUCCCUUCUCAUGUGUCUUUGGAGUCGGCUGCGUUGCUCGAGCCGCUGUCUGUGGCUAUUCAUGCGACACGGAGAGCAGCCGUCGAGCAGGGUGACACAGCUAUUGUAUUUGGUGCCGGAACUGUUGGUCUACUUACUGCUGCCAUGGCUAAGAUGUCUGGCGCAACGACAGUUGUUAUUGUCGACGUCGACCAUGGCCGGAUCGAAUACGCACUGAGGAACAGCUUUGCGCACAAAGGCUUUGUUGUUCCAUCGCGCCAAAAUCCAGAGAUGAUGGGACAGUUCGGCUCCGCAAAGGAGCUCGCUGCAGAUGUCAUGCAAGUCGCUUCGCUGGACGAUGUCGACUUUGAAGGUGCAGACGUGACGUUUGAUUGUACUGGAAAGGAGGUUUGCAUGCAAGCUGGACUGUUUGCGACCAGACCAGGUGGCAAGCUCAUCAUGGUUGGGAUGGGCACUCCAAUCCAGACUUUACCGAUAUCCGCAUCUCAUCUGAAAGAGGUCGAUAUCAUUGGUAUUUUCCGAUACGCGAAUACGUACGCGACUGGAAUCAAGAUCAUCUCAUCGGGUGUCUUGCCGAGUCUCGAGAACAUGAUCACCCACCGCUUCAAGGGUCUUGCUGCCGCGAAGGAGGCUUUUGACCUUGCUGGAAAAACCACGGACAAAGAUGGAAACCUUGUACUGAAAGUUCUCGUUGAGGCAUGAUUUGACUUCUCAGUCAUCAAGAUGGAUACAACAGGUUGGAGUUUGGCGUUUGAGUGACUUUAGAAGCUGGAGCAUUUUGAGAUACCAUCGUUUGCCAGCGUACAUAAAACAGCAGUAAUGCAAUAGGCGUUCGGGACAGCAAUACCACGGUAAAUUCUAUGAGACAUGCAAUAGGCAGCCUACUUGGGUGAUGUUGCAGGUGAUAAUGGACGAUGUGGUGAUU